AUGGUAGAUGCUGGCUCCUAUGUUCAGGGUGAGUCUGGCAGGAAAUACCGCCUACUUUCUCCAUUAUCCAAAAGGCGGUCGAGGGUUUGGAUUGCAGAGGAAGCAGAUGAUGGAAAGCGCUCGUAUGUCGUCAAAGAGCCCAGCCCGCUUGAUUCAUCGCAAGGUUGGCCGCUGUUCAAGCACGAGGUCCAAAUGCAGAAGAAAUUCUCUACAUCUCCCCUAAUUCGAAAGAUGGAAGACUUGAUCCCAGAAACCAACGAGUCUCCCCCUAUAAUAGUUCUGGAAGCUUUCGAGCAAAUUUUAUGGGAAGCGCGUAACAGCCGCCCUCUCACAAUUGCUCAGAUCAGAUGGAUCAUGAAGGGCGUACUCUUGGUCCUUUGGACAAUCCAUCGAGAAGGAUUGGUCUAUUCAGAUUUGAAGAUGGAGAACAUUCUCUUGAAUGGCUUUGAUAAUGCUGCUCCCGGCAACAUCCGUGCUAUAGUAGCCAGACUCGGUGAUUGUGGCGCAAUCAGUAAGCCAGACGGUCGAAGAGUAAGCGCAAUCACUUACAGAAGCCCCGAAGUUCAUUUUGGAAGAGCAUGGGAUUCUAAAACCGAUAUUUGGUCCUGGGGUAUUGUGAUAGGUUUCCAAUAUUGUCAUUUGCUAGAGGCUCGCGUCGAUUUCUUGUCGCCUGGGGCUUAUGACUCGAUCUGCAAAGGCACCAUGGAGGAGAUGACCAAAGCUGUUCGGGAUACAAUAGCAGAAGACUUCAACGUGGGUUUGCUGCCUUACUACAAAGACGAUGAGACAUCUCGUAAGCUCAUAGCCCCGGGAUAUACUCCGAAAAGUGAAGAUGAUUGGCUCGGAGAGAGACUUCUGAAAAAGGGUGUUCCGGAGAUAGAAAUUGCUUUUUUGAUUGAGGUUCUACAUCCCGUGCCAGAGGAGCGUUUAGGCGCCCGAGGAAAUCAUUAG